UUUGAGCUUCUGUCUGGAUGGCGGAGAACCAAAGAGAAUUUGCCCUUCAAAGACAGGGUAGCGGAUGCCUAUUCGGACGUGAUGGUGACCUACACCAUGACCAGCUCCCUGUACUUUAUCACCUUUGGCAUGGGUGCCAGCCCGUUCACCAACAUAGAGGCGGUGAAGGUCUUCUGUCAGAACAUGUGUGUCUCCAUCCUGUUGAACUACUUCUACAUUUUCUCGUUCUUUGGCUCCUGUCUGGUCUUCGCUGGCCAACUGGAGCAAAACCGCUACCACAGCAUCUUUUGCUGUAAGAUCCCUUCCGCAGAAUACCUGGACCGCAAGCCUGUGUGGUUCCAGGCAGUGAUGAGCGAUGGGCAUCAGCAGACAUCCCAUCAUGAGACGAACCCCUACCAGCACCACUUUAUCCAGCACUUCCUCCGUGAGCAUUACAAUGAAUGGAUCACCAACAUCUAUGUGAAGCCGUUCGUUGUCAUCCUCUAUCUCAUUUAUGCCUCCUUCUCCUUCAUGGGGUGCUUGCAGAUCAGUGACGGAGCCAACAUCAUCAGUCUCCUCGCCAGUGACUCCCCAAGUGUUUCGUAUGCCGCGGUUCAGCAGAAAUACUUCAGCAACUACAGCCCGGUGAUAGGUUUCUACGUCUACGAGCCUCUCGAGUACUGGAACAGCAGCGUCCAGGAGGAUCUACGGAAGCUGUGCGGCGGGUUCACGGCAGUGUCGUGGGUGGAGCAGUACUACCAGUUCCUGAAAGUUAGCAACAUCAGCGCCAACAACAAGAGUGACUUCAUCGCUGUCCUACAAAGUUCAUUUCUAAAAAAGCCGGAAUUCCAGCAUUUUCGAAAUGAUAUCAUCUUCUCCAAGGCCGGGGACGAGAAUAACAUCAUUGCCUCUCGCUUGUACCUGGUGGCCAGGACUAGCAGAGACAAGCAGAAGGAAGUCAUAGAGGUUCUGGAAAAGCUGAGGCCCCUGUCCCUCUCCAAGAGCAUCCGAUUCAUCGUGUUCAACCCUUCCUUUGUGUUCAUGGACCAUUAUGGCUUAUCUGUCACGGUGCCUGUUCUGAUCGCAGGCUUUGGUGUUCUCCUGAUGUUAAUCCUGACCUUCUUCCUCGUGAUCCACCCUCUGGGAAACUUCUGGCUAAUUCUUAGCGUCACCUCAAUUGAGCUGGGCGUUCUGGGCUUAAUGACAUUAUGGAACGUCGACCUGGAUUGCAUUUCUAUCUUGUGCCUUAUCUACACUUUAAAUUUCGCCAUUGACCACUGUGCACCACUGCUUUACACGUUUGUAUUAGCCACUGAGCACACCCGAACACAAUGUAUAAAAAGCUCCCUGCAAGAGCACGGGACAGCCAUUUUGCAAAAUGUUACUUCUUUUCUUAUCGGGUUGGUCCCCCUCCUCUUUGUGCCUUCGAACCUGACCUUCACACUGUUCAAAUGCUUGCUGCUUACCGGGGGUUGCACACUUCUGCACUGUUUUGUUAUCUUACCUGUGUUCCUAACCUUUUUCCCCCCUUCCAAAAAGCACCACAAGAAAAAGAAACGCGCCAAACGAAAGGAGAGAGAGGAAAUUGAAUGCAUAGAAAUUCAAGAGAACCCUGACCACGUCACCACAGUCUGAAGGGUGUAGACUAACGGAUUAUUAUUUUUUUUCCAGUAUUGCACAACGAUGCAGGGCAGGUAGAGCUCAGACCUCAGCAGCUUGGGCUGGCCAGGGGUAACAAGGCAAGUCAGAUCAAGAGUGAAUUGCUCAUGACACACUCGUGGAAGAUGUCCACUUCUUGGGGGGAAGAGGGACUCAAAGAAGGGGAAAAAGUUCUUUGCCACCUUGUUCUCCACUAAAGAUAAGUUUUUGGUGUUAUCUUAGAACUCUUCCAAGGAAUGGAUGAGUUAAUGGAGUGUUAGAAGGCCAAAGGAACUGACUGCUUUUAAAAAAUAAAAUGCUUAGGAAAGAUGGAGAAGAGAGGACAGGGGGCCUCCAAAUAGCAGAAAAGACACAGGAAAUGUCAAAAUUGCUGUGGCACUUUUCAUAUUUGUUUUUUGAACUGGUCAGUCAAAGGAAACCUAUGCACUUGGGAAGUACAUAUUUAAUCCCGUCUAAACCAAAGGACUUCCCAGUCCAUUUUAUGUGUGCAUAUAUAUGUAUAUAUGCUAUAUAUACAUAUCCUUAGAUUUGUCUUUAGUGUACAUUCACAUUUGUGUGGAGGAAAGUGUCCAUUUGCAGAUAGGCCAGCCUUUCUCUGGAAAGUCAAAUCAGUCUUAGCCAAUUAUAGACACAUGAACGGCCAUUUAAAAUCAACUUUAAGUGUUGCAUCAGCAAGAAUAUCAUUCAACUGUGCAAUAAGCAAAAUAAACAGAGAUGUGAGCCCAUUAGAGUCACAUAUCAUUACAUAUCAUGUUAUGAGUCUUUGAGAUUCUUGCUUUGGAUGACUUAGCAAAAUAAAAAAAACCACAAAUGGCAUUUGAAUGAAUUACCAUGUGAACGAGGUUUAAGAUCUCAUGCUAGAGCUAAAGAGUUGAUGUAGCUCUUCAUUGGCUUUUAAGGGUUCCCUGUAUUUGGGAAGGCUGAUUUGGUUGUUUUUAGGGAGCUCACUCACUGCAAAUGAGCACUUUACACAUAUUGUCCAUGCAAAUGUGUAUAAGGGUGUGUGUGUGUGUCUGUGUCUGUGUGUGUGUGCGUGUGUGAGUCGGGGUAUUCCAUAGUUAGUGUUCUUAUUUUAGAGGGUGAAAAUAUACUGCCAUGGAACAUAGAUCUUAACACAGGAGAAAGGAGACGUCACUUGGAAACUUGCCAUAGAGAGAAGUAGGGUAAAUGACCACCACCACCCAUCACACGCCAUCAACUGUAAGGAA